UAUCUUGGUAUUUUCUACUGAACGGCCCUGGUUGUGUGUUGGCGCCCUGGCUUCGGAAACUAUGACACUAUUUGAUAAUAACUUUAUUUUGGUUGUCACAACUUCGCUUUUGCUAGCUCUGUGCGGAAAUUUAAGUGCUGUUAGCACGGAAGAGCAUCGAAACUCCGAUCGCAACAACGAAAUGGCAGGAUCAGGAGUUGCCAAGCAGCUGUUCGCCUGCAAUUUCGAGGUUUUUGGACGAGUGCAAGGUGUGUUCUUCCGCAAGUACACGGAGCAGGAGGCCAAAAGACUUGGAGUUAGGGGCUGGUGCAUGAAUACCCGGGAUGAGACCGUCAAGGGGCAACUGGAGGCUCCUCUAGCGGAGCUAAACGAAAUGAAACACUGGCUGCAGACCAAAGGAAGUCCCAGCUCUAAGAUCUCCAAAGCGGAAUUUUCGCCAGCCCAGGAAAUCGAUGGCUAUACGUUCACUUCCUUCGCUAUAAAACGUUAAACGCAAAUUGUUAGCUCGUUCGCCAUAAAUAUUUAUUUUAAAAGACAUCCAUGUAUUCGCGAAACAAAAUCAAAAUAAAAUACCAGGGCUCCAGGAAAGAGCUGCAUCGUUAUCGACUAGCUCGAUAAUACUCGAUAGUGUUGAAAUUAGAAA